CGUCGCGGAGAACGCACGCGUGUCACCACAAUGACAAUACUUAACGCAUAACAGGUGUUUGUGAAAAAAAGAUAGUUAUAAAACAUUCUAAAACAAAAAGGCAAAGACAUAGAUCCGUUUAGAUUAACUUUUUUUGUAGUUUGUUCGUAUUACAAAAGUGCGCAAGUGCCUAAUAAUAAUUAUAAUGUUACCAGGUGUACAAGUGUAGAUAAGUGUAACAAGUGUAAGUGACAAUAAGUGUACCAAGUGUUUAUUUUAAUGAUGAGUUAGUUGUAAAGUGCCGUCAUGUAUCGGCCCAACUUUUACGAGAGCACGUGCUUUCGUUGCAAUGAGAUCGUAUAUCAGGUGGACCGCGUUGGCCCACUCAAGGACUUUACAUUCUUUCAUAGUGGCUGUUUCAAGUGUGCGGUAUGCGGCACCAAGUUAACUUUGAAAACAUACUACAACAACCAGCACUGGACAGAGGACAAAGAAGUGUACUGCUCGAGCCACGUGCCUAAGAUCGGGCCGGGCCACCUUGACAACUCAUCCGUCGGCAUCCGCAGCGCCCUAAACGUGCCGCGCACCAACAACUACGUCAACGAACAGAUACGCGGACACGCGCGCAAUUCACACGACAAUGAUUAUAAUCUUUCAAGAGGAGAUGUUUAUGUAUCACCAACCCGAGCCACAAACGGCGGCAGCGUGCAUGCGUCUCCCGCGCGCGACGUGUCACGCGAACCCGACUACCAGUACGGCCGCUUCGACGCCAGCGCUCUGCACAUCGCGCACGCACUCAAGCAAACAGAGCUGCAGAAAGCCUACCACAGGCCUAAAGAGAAACCCAUCGACUGCUAUUUGGAUCGAGAUGAACAAACCAAACUUGAGAUGAAACACCGGCAAGAGGAAGAUGACUUGUAUAGGAAGUUCUCGAAGCAUCGCGAAGAAGAAAACAGAAGAAUACGAGAUGAGAUUCAGGACGAAUGGGAACGAGAAUUAGAACGGCUAACAUUAAGGUUUCAACAAGAAAUGCAAGUGAAGAAGCGAAGACCGGACUCGGAGAUUGGAGCACUCACACUGCGGCACCAGCAGGAGAGAGCUGAUCUCGAAAAGAAUAUGACGCUAAGAAGAGAUAAGAAGAAAGAAAGUUUAACGAGAAAGAUGUUGGAACAUGAAAGAGCGGCGACCGCAGCAUUAGUGGAAAAGCAGAGCCACGAGAUGAUGGAACUGAUCCAAGAGCGACGGUCAGAGUAUAUGGCGGCCAGCUCGUUGUACGUGGACGGCGAAGAGGCGCCCCCGUACCCAGCGCGCGCGCCCGCCCCUCAGCCACCGCUCGUCUCCAAGUUCCAUAUAUACACAGACCCCGCAGAGUUCGCGGAUGUUGAUAAAAUAGCUAUAUCAGUGGCACAAGAAGACCAAAAGACAUUCACAGAUCUGGUGCGGCAGCUCGUGGGCCGUUGUGCCACCGACGUGGAGAAGGCGAGGACCAUCUUCCGCUGGAUCACCGUCAAGAACCUCAACAACAUACAGUUCGACGAUAACCUCAGAGGCGACUCACCCCUCGGACUGCUCAGAGGCAUCAAACACGGCACAGAAAGUUACCACGUACUCUUUAAGAGAUUGUGCAGCUACGCCGGUCUCCACUGCGUAGUAAUAAAAGGCUACAGUAAAUCAGCGGGAUAUCAGCCGGGAGUCCGCUUCGAAGAUAACCGCUUCCGUAACUCUUGGAACGCGGUGUACGUGGCGGGGGCGUGGCGCUUCGUGCAGUGUAACUGGGGCGCGCGGCAUCUCGUCAACGCUAAGGAUGCACCGCGUCCAGGCAGCCGCGGCAAACAGGAUAGUCUUAGAUACGAGUACGACGACCACUACUUCCUGACGGACCCGCGUGAGUUUAUCUACGAGUUCUUCCCGCUGCAGCCAGACUGGCAGCUUCUCAAGACGCCCGUCACGCUGCACGACUUCGAGGAGUUGCCGUUUGUGCGCUCGCUCUUCUUCCGCUACGGACUCUACUUUAGCGACCCCAACACCAAGGCGGUCAUGUACACCGACUCCACAGGUGCGGCGACUAUGCGCAUAGCCAUGCCGGCACACAUGCAAAGCUCCCUCAUCUUCCACUACAACCUCAAGUUCUAUGACACAGAGGGCGACGGCUUCGACGGGGUCAGUCUUAAGAGAUUCGUCAUGCAGUCGGUGGUCGGUAACGUGGUAUCGUUCCGCGUGCAUGCGCCAUGCAGUGGGGCCUUUCUGCUGGACAUCUUCGCGAACGCUGUAACGCCGCGAGAAUACCUCACAGGCGAGCCCAUGAAAUUCAAGAGCGUCUGCAAAUUCAAGAUCUGCUGUGCGGAACUACAAACAGUUAUGGUGCCGCUGCCGGAUUGUGCAAGCGGAGAAUGGGGACCUACCAAAGCUACCAGACUCUUCGGUUUGGUUCCGAUCACACACCAGGAGGCGCUAGUGUUCGCUGGUCGAGAGUUAGAAUUGCAGUUCCGCAUGUCUCGGCCGCUCGCAGACUUCAUGGCGACGCUGCAUAAGAACGGCGUGGACGAGAAGCGACUCGGCAAGUUCGUGCAUCAGGCGGUCUCAGACGACGUCGUUACCUUUUACAUCACAUUCCCUGAAGAAGGUCAAUACGGUUUGGACAUUUACACACGAGAACGCGGCAGCUCUGGUCUGCAACAGAAUGGGUCUACGGAGAAAGAAAAACAUCUUCUCACGCACUGCUGCAAAUACCUCAUCAACAGUAGCAAAAGAAAUUGACAAUAAUAUGUUAAUAACAUAACACAUUGUUCUAGGUUAGAGACGAAACGCGACACUAUAAAGUAACGUACGGCUUCUUGACAUAAUUAUUUAUGUCGCAUUUCGUGUAUCUAGAACAACGAAUAACAUAUUUUGAAAUAAAACUUAAAGACAUACUCAGAGCCAUUAAUUCAUCACUAACUGAGUCUCUAACUGUAGAUUUAAUAUGUGAAAUCUACAUUAAGUUCUUCGUAACUUUGAGUAUGGCAAUAAGAUGUUACAGUUAAAGUCAAUAAGAAAAUAUUUUUUGCAUAAAACGGAACGUUUUCAAACUCAAAACUCAGGAUGGACGUCAAUUGACACAGUAAAUAAAACAGCAUUAAGAAAAUAUAAAACUAUAUAUUAUCUGUAAAAGUGAAUACGAAAAUAUAUUUUUUUCACUGCCAUUAAAGUCAAAUUAUUAACACCAAUUUAUAGAUUUUUAAAAAGAAUUAUAUUAAAAUUGUAUACUUUAUCCAUAUUAUUUAGAACAGAGAAAUAGUUGUUAUACGAACAAAAUCAAUGAUUUAUAUUGAGUUAUAUUUUUAAAAUAUUUUAAGUUCGUGGUUGUGCUGAAGCAAUGUAAUUGCUUUAUUUGCUAAGAUUUUAUUUACAUUUAAUAUUGUAUAAAAUAUAUCUAACAUACAGGGUGUCCCAAAAGGUUACGUACAUAG